AUGGACUUUACAAAAAAGAAGAGAUGUAUUAGCCAGUACCAUUUCACUGCGUGGCCUGAUCAUGGAACACCAGAUCCUCUGUAUCUUGUAUUGUUUCAUAGGCAUGUCAUAUCUGAUCAUACAAGUACUGAAAAUAAUGGACCACUUCUUGUUCAUUGCAGUGCUGGUAUCGGUCGAACUGGAACAUAUAUCGGACUUGAUGCUUUAUAUGAAGAAGGACUUGCUACUGGGUUUGUGGAUGUUGUCAAGUUUGUACAGAAAAUGAGGUACAGCAGGAUGAACAUGGUACAAACACCGGGUCAAUAUGUUUGUCUUCAUUAUGCCUUACUUGAGGCUUUCACAAUGAAGGAUACAAACGUUGGAAAGAAGGAAUUUGGAAAUAUCUGGCGGGAAAUUUCAGAAGAUAAAAGUCCUGCAAACAGACGACGACUGCAUGAAGAGUUUGAGAUGCUUGACGCUAAGAAAUCUGACCAAGAGAAAGCUCAAUAUGUUGCUGCAACAAGCCCAGAAAAUGUAGGAAAGAACAGAAAUGAGAUUAUUGUUCCUUCGGACAAAAACAGACUGUUUCUUAGUUCAUACGACAAAGGAAGAACUGAUUAUAUCAACGCUGUACAAGCUCCAUCCUAUACAAAGUUCGUUGGAUAUUUGACAACACAGCUACCACUACCCGACACCAAAGUUGACUUUUGGACUAUGGUUAGAGAUCACAAUUCGUCAACAAUUGUUGUGUUUCUAAAUGACGCAGCUGAGGCUGAUUUAGUGUACUCAACAUCAGAAGACGCCUUUACAUGCGGGAAAUAUAGCAUGGAUAUAACAAGUAGAAAACAAGAAGAUCUGGAUGUUACAAGUGGUAAAGUCGUUCUAUCUAAGAAGGGUGACCAAUCGAGAGAAAUAGCCAUGUAUCUUGCAGUAUCCAAUGGACUUCCUAAUCCACAGGUUCUAUGUAAACUUGUUAAUUGUAUAUCUACUCGUGUCAGAAUGUCCAAUGAUCCAGUGACCAUUGUAAGCGGUGAUGGAGCUAAAAACUGUGGGGUUUUCUGCACUUUUGCAAAUGCUGUUUCAAGUAUGAUAAUUGAUAAAAAUGCAAACAUAUUUCAACUUGCCAGACUGUUACAGUUGAGAAGACCCGAGUUCUUUGCAGAUUUUGAGGAGUAUCGUCUGUGUUAUGAAGCUCUGAACGUCUAUCUAGUGUCUUCAAACGUAUACGAAAAUUUCUGAUUUAUUUAGAAAUCAUUUUACACAGAUGACAAUAAACAUCGUGAUACGAUUAGGAAUGACCCUUUUGUAAAAUUGAAUACAUUUCAUUUACAGUACAUCUUUUAUUUUUUACUUUUUUUAUAGAACAUAUUUAAUUUAUAUAUAAGACUCUGUACUCUGCUUAUUAUUGUCAUAGCUACAUUUAUUCAUUCAUGUGUAUACUGAGAUCCUUCUACCAACUAUCAACAAUAUUGUGUACUUCUGGAACCGAAGGCUUAUUUUUUAUUGUACCUGUCCCGGGAAACGACCUUUUACUUCUGUUUAUGUGGCUGUUUGUCUUCUGGCAUCCUUCGGUGUUUCAAUUUCUUUACAGUCAGUUAUCUUAUAUAUUUAAAAGACUAAUCUAAGUUAUAAUAUUUUCUCUUUAAUGGAGGUCAUAUGAUGACUUGUAGUUGGUAACAUCCUAGACCUUUCUGUUUUAGUUGUCUCAUUGACAAUCGUACGACAAUUCAUUGUAUUUGUAUGCUGACUGCAUUGGAAAUCCUUUUCAUUACAUUCAGUGAAUAUGCUUGUCUUUUACUCCAUUUCAAUUAACUAAGAUAACUAACGUUAGUUAUUUUACUCUUUGGCACAAAGAGAUAUGUAAGUUGUGAACACAUCUUAUAGUUAUAAAUACAAAUAUAUUCAUAUAAAAAAGAAGAUGUGGUAUGAUUGCCAAUGAAACAACUGUCCACAAGAGACCAAAAUGAAACAGACAUUAA